AUGGCCCAGUGCAGUGUGUCCCUCGAGUCUCUCAGCCUGGAGGAGAGGGCUGACUCUCCCCCUAUGAAGGAGCCCAGUGGAUGGGACGAGUGGGAUACAGACCUGGAGGAUGAAGAGAGGGAGAAGAAGGAUAAGGAGGUGUCUACAGCUGAAAUAUAUCUACAGGCCUGCCAAAUGGUGGGCGUGGUGCCGGUCUCCUACUUCCUGCGAAAUCUGGGUACCACCACCCUUAAUCUGAAUCACCAUGGUCUGGGACCUCUAGGGGGCAAGGCGCUGGCUAUCGCCCUAGUGACUGAAAUGCAGAUUACAACCCUGGAACUGGAGGACAACUAUCUGCUAGCUGAGGGGACCAAAUACCUUGUGGAGAUGUUGAAGGCAAAUAUCACCAUACAGAAUCUAAAUCUCUCCAACAAUCACCUUGAAUCCGCAGGUGCUGAGUACAUCACUAAAAUGCUGCUUGAAAAUAUUUCCAUCAAAUCUAUUAGGUUAUCAGGUAACGGGUUCAUUGACGAUGAUGGAAAAAACUUUGCAGAUGCCUUGUCAAGCAACUACAGAGUAAAGGAGCUGGACCUGAGUCAUAACAAAUUUCGCGAGAAAGGAGGAGAGCAUUUGGGUCAGAUGUUAGCCAACAAUGAAGGUCUGGAAGUGCUGGACUUGAGCUGGAAUCACCUACGCAUGAAAGGGGCAGUGGCACUGUGUGCUGGGCUCAAGGUAAAUGUGACCCUGAAAUACCUGGACCUCUCCUGGAAUGGUUUCGGGAAUGAGGGGGCCCUGGCGCUGGGGGAGGCCCUCAAGUUCAACAACACCCUGGUGCACCUGGACCUCAGCAACAACCGCAUCACCAACGAGGGGGCAGGCAUGCUGUGCAAGGGCCUGGAGGCCAACGACACACUCAGAGUGCUGCGGUUGGCCUACAAUUCAAUCACUGUGGAGGGUGCGCUUGCUCUUCUUAAUGUCAUCAGGAACACCCCCAAAUCUGCCCUGGAAGAGAUUAACAUCUCUAAUGUGCUGGUGAAUGAGAACUUUGUGCACCUGCUCGAAGUCACUUGUCAGGAGCAUCCCAGUUUAGAGGUGUAUUUUGGUGGCGUUGGUGGUUUCAUCGCCAAGAAGCCCCCAAAGCGGCGUGACCCCAUGAAGGUCAUCCAGGAUUACCUAGACGAGCGCAAGCUGCGCCUUUGGGACUUCUUCCGGAACAUCGACAAGGAUGGCACUAUGCGUGUGCCUGUCGCGGACUUCAGGAGGGCAGUUCAGCAAUCCAGCAUUCCUCUGGACCGCUUCCAGAUUGAGGAGCUGAUACAGAGGCUUGACAGGGAGAGGACUGGGAUGGUGGACUACAGGGGCUUGGCUGACACCAGGAAGCAGAUGAUGCGGGACCACCGGCGGCAGCUGCGCAAGGUGGAGUCGCGGCAGAAGAAGGAGAAGCAGAAGAGCGACCGCAUCCUCAAGACCUUCCAGAGUGCUGUGGAGGCCGUCACACCCCGCAGCUCCAUGGUCAUGUCCCCAGGGGGCACAAAGGAGGACUCCAGUGGCCCGCAGCACUUCUCGGCCACGCCCCUCAGCUCCUGGCACCAUGUUGUCAUGUCCAACAGCAGCCGCUACUCGGUGUCCAACCUGAGCAGCGAGCACGUCCACCUGCCCCACAUAGGGGGCGCCGCACGGUCGCGCCCUCCCAGUUCCCCGGCAGUGCGUUCCUACUCCCAGCCCAACCUGCUGACACAAGGCCUGCACUCCCCACCUGCCAAGCCCACCUCCGCCCUAGGGGUGCACUCCAUCUCCAAUCCCAGUGUUGAACCCCUCAAACUGAGCCCAACAGCCAACCAGCUGACCAGGUCCAGGCCAGCCCUAACUGACAAGCAGCCUACAACAAAACCAAAAACCACCAAGAUGAAAAAGAAGAAGGUAAAGAAACGGCAAGAUAAGACAGCACGUGGACUCCACUGA